GCUCCUCCACUCCUUACCAUGCGGCCCAUCUGGACUCUCAUCUCGCUGUGUGUUGCCACCACAGUCGCGGCACGGCAUGGACUUCGACAUCAUGCCGUGGACUUGAUGCCACGACAGAGCAGCGAUGCGGCAGCGGCAGCGGCAGAGAAGGAGAAGGAGGCGAAGGAGUCCAUGAAGCUGCUCGCGUCCAUCCCGCCGUGUGGUCUCGGCUGUCUGAAGACGGCCAUUGCAGCUUCACCGUGCUCGCCGCUGGAUCACGCCUGUAGCUGUUCCAACAAGACAAUUGCAUCGCAGGUGCAAAUCUGCGUUCUUGCAUCUUGCACAAUCCCCGAAGCGCUGACGACCAAGAAUAUUACGUCCAGAAUAUGCCACCGACCGUUCCGAGACCGACGCAGCACCGUUUCCGGAACUGCCAUUGGCGGUCUGGUGGUCGCGCUCAUCGGAUAUACCGUUCGUGUCAUGUCGAAGCUGCAUAUGCGAUGGGGCUCCGCGGUGUUCUUCUCGGACUUGUGGUGGGACGACUUUGUGAUCACACUGGCGAUUGCAGUCGAUCUGCCAUUCAUGCUGUUGAGUGUCAAGCUGGCUGACUACGGAUUCGGUCAAGACAUCUGGACAAUCACGCCGCAGAACAACUUGACGAAAAUCUUAAAGACUCUUUAUUUUAACGAGCUCUUCUACAUAUCCGGUCUGGCCUUCGUCAAAAUCGCCAUCUUGCUGACAUACCUGCGCUUCUUCUCCGAUAUCAAAUUCCGAAAGAUCGUAUUCAUGGUCAUCGGGCUGAAUUUGCUCGCUCUCAUUGCAUUCGUGUUCGCGCUCCUGUUUCAAUGCACACCAGUCGAAUACUCUUGGUUCCGAUGGGAUGGCAAGCAUAAAGGUACUUGCAUGGAGUUCGACCACAUCGCGUGGCCUGCUGCUGCGAUUAACAUCCUGCUUGAUCUCCUCGUUAUUGGGCUACCUUUCCCGCAACUCUGGAAGAUGAAAAUGAACAAACGGAAGAAGCUCCAGGUCAUGAUCAUGUUCGGCACAGGCUUGGUCAUUACCAUUCUCAGUAUCUUGCGUCUUCAGUCCCUGGUUGCGUACACCGAUCACAACAAUUUCACCUGGGUCUACGUAACCACCGGUGCUUGGUCCAAACUCGAGCUGAAUGCUUCCAUCCUCUGCGCAUGUAUGCCGGCAAUUCGAAACUACAUUCGUCGCUUCUCUCCAGCCACCACAGGCGACACCGUCAAAGGAGGCGACUCUACCGCAAAAUCCGGUCUCUCAGGCCGCACUCUCACCGUCAGCGACUUCGGCAAGAGCGUCGAUACGGAGAACUUCGUCGAACUCAAGGAACAAGGCAAAGACGCAAAGCGUCAUCCUCACGGCUCGCACGGCACACGCGGAACUGUCAGCACGACCGAGACCCAACAAAGCGACUACUAGUGCGAGCGAUCGAUUAAUCAUAGUGAGAUGGUAUCUUCCUGUGCAUUGUUUGAUUGAAACCCCUGGAUUGAAGUUGGUAUCCUUUGCAAUUGGAGUGGGGGGACAGUGUCUCUGGAAGUUCUCAGCCGAAAAACAAAAUGCGCAUUGGGCGAAGUCCAUACAGGUACCUAUUGAAAGCGAUAGAACUAAUAAUGUCGUCGCUUGCGGCCUAGAUUUAUUCAUUCGUACUACUAUGAAUGCGACUUUUCGACUUGUU